AGAAUUUGCAUCGAGGUGUUUAUGCUUGAGAGUCACGGGCAUAACCUCGCGGACGCCAUUCGUGACGUGUCUCGUGAAUCUCCGUCAGCGCUCGUGUCGACUCGGACGCGGUCAUGCGCAUGCGCGGUCAUGCGUGGUCACGCGAUCGAGUUCGUCGAUCGAGGAACUGUCAUUGUCAGGUUAAAUUGCAUUCGUACUGAUUCGUACGAUCUGGAGAUCUGCGAAUCCACGAAGAAGCUUUUAAAGCGGCUCAGCUGGUUAAUAUCGAUCUCGAGCUCGUGGUUCAACAUGUCGAAUCCAUCAGAGCGAGUCAAUUAUGUGCAAGACAGCAGCAGUGAUACAGAGACUGAUUACAAAGAGACUGAUGGAAGAGGAAGGCAUCAUUUAUACAAGAAUAGGCUGAGUUGUGGUGGCUCGUCGAAGCCGAAAUCUUGUCUGGUACAGAGGGACGGCAGCGGCGAUCGGCAUUGUCAUUCUUUCAAUUCCGGCAGAAAUUCCCAGAACACGAAUCUCACAAAUCACCAUAACAGGGAGAUUAUUAAUCUUAUCCCCAGAAUUCGCACGAACGUCGGCAUCACUAAACAGAAUCAGAACCAAAAUCAAAGCAGCAGCAGGGACAACGCUAUAUCGGGAGGGUCGACGAUAUUAGGAUCUACUACUGGAAUUAGUAAUCAACCAACCAGCGAUGAGAGAAUCACCCUGAUUGUCGAUAACACUAGAUUUAUCGUUGAUCCAGCUUUGUUUACGGCGCAUCCCAACACAAUGUUGGGUCGCAUGUUCAGCUCAGGGGUAGAAUAUGCCCAGCCUAAUGAACGCGGUGAAUACGAGGUCGCAGACGGCAUUUCUGCCAUGGUUUUUCGCGCUAUUUUAGAAUAUUAUAAGGGCGGAGUAAUUCGAUGUCCUCCAACUGUAAGUGUUCAAGAAUUGCGAGAGGCCUGCGACUAUCUGCUGGUGCCCUUUGAUGCUAGUACAGUGAAGUGCCAAAAUCUUAGAGGAUUGCUACACGAGUUGUCGAAUGAGGGUGCGCGUUGCCAGUUUGAAGUGUUCUUGGAGGAUCUGAUUUUGCCGCUAAUGGUUAAUAGUGCGCGACGUGGCGAUCGCGAAUGCCACAUUGUCGUCUUGCUCGAGGAUGACGUAGUCGAUUGGGACGAAGAAUACCCUCCUCAAAUGGGCGAAGAAUAUUCCCAAACUGUCAACAGUACGGCAAUGUAUCGUUUCUUCAAAUAUAUUGAAAAUCGGGACGUAGCUAAGCAAGUGAUGAAAGAACGCGGUUUGAAAAAAAUUCGCUUAGGUAUCGAAGGCUAUCCAACCUAUAAAGAGAAGGUGAAGAAACGCGCUGGUGGUCGCGCCGAGGUCAUUUACAACUACGUUCAACGACCCUUUAUCCAUAUGUCAUGGGAAAAAGAAGAGGCCAAAAGCCGUCACGUUGACUUUCAAUGUGUUAAAUCCAAAUCAGUGACAAAUCUUGCUGAAGCCACGGCUGAUCCUGUUUUAGACGCCGCUGGAAAUCCUAUGCUUCUUCAAGUCGCUGAAGGAGCCGUUCCUCAACCAGAAGUAGUUGGACUUCCUAUGGGUUCAGAUGCUGAUGUGGACGGACCUAUGGGAUCUGGCGAUCAAGACUUGGGUCCGCUACCAUCUGAUGAAUUACCGUGAAAGGUAGAAAUAAAUUAAAAUAAGAUUUAGAGAUCUUAAAAAAGAUCCUGCAAAAAUCUGAUCAAAAAGCUCUUUUGAAGAGAAUUUUGAAGAACAUAUUGAAAAGGCUUUGAAAAUGGUCGAAGAAAGACCAAAGAUGACAUUGAAAAUGUUUAUGGAAGAGAUGAGUUUGAAAAUUCUUGAACAAAAACUUUGAAGAGGAUUAUGUUCGUCUCUGCUAGCUUCAAAGACUCUGCAAUGCAUUAAAUGCGAAAAAUUGGACUUCAAAAAUUGGAAUGCGUUGGAUUCUGAAGACUUUGGAAUACAUUGGAUUUUGAAGGUA